AUGAAUAGUAGAUAUAAAUCUAAUUUAGGAUAAGCAAGCUCAGAUUAGCCAUAACCAGAGCCAUCAGUUAAUUAAUAACCAAUAGAUACAGAUCCAAGUUGGAAGCAUGCUUUUUACAUUGUUACAAGCAUUACUUUAUUAUUAAGCUUUAUAAUAGUGAUUAUUGGUGAUCCUCAUAAGCUUUCUAAUCCAGUAGACCCUGAUGGAAACCCCUGUGGCUAAGGUGAUUUAAAAGAUUAUCCAUACAUUUAUUUUGUUACUCCUAGCAAGCAAUAUUUGAGUAGGACUGUAUGUGUAAAGGAAUGCAAAGUUUAUUCUGUUUAGCCUUAAUUAAAUGAUAAACUUGAUUGCUAUGUUAAUUCAGUUGUAAAAUCUUGCAAUUUUAACAUUCCCAGAUCUAAUGAUAGAAGUGAAGAAGUCUUACUAUAUGACACAGCUGUUUACUUAGGAAAAGUUUGUAUGCCUAAAAAUGUAGGGUAUUACAAACUUAUAUUUGAAGCUCUUCAUAUAAGCAAAAUUGAUUAGAUUCUUAGCGAUGUCUAUGCCACAUUCCCUUAUUUAGUUAUCUUCGGUUUGCUUGCUUUCGUUUUGAGUUUUGCAACAAAGUACAUCAUUGAUUAAAAGAGCAUGGUUAAUCAAUCUAUAAAAGUUUACUUCUUCCUAAGUACUGUUGGUUUCAUGCUUCUUGGAACUUUAUUCCUUUUUAGAACUUUGCACUUAGCAACUGCAUCAUAGCCAGAUGAUAAAAAUGUUAUUGGUGAUAAGGACAAACUUAUGCAAGAAGUAGAUUCUAGCAAUUCUUCAUUUGUAGGAAAUUUACUAAUUUCAAUCAUUUGCUUUGUGAAUGGCAUCUUAUACAUCAAAUCAUUUUUAGAAAGUAACACAGAAGAAUAAACAAAGGGAUAAAUAAAAAAAAUGAGAAACACUAUGUUAGAAUUUAUUUCUGAUAUUAUAAAAUGCUAGAAUCUCAUAUACUUGCCUAUUUUUGCUUUUGCCAUUUUUAUACUCAUAUCCCUUCUGUUUUUUAGAGUAGUUUUAAAUUUAUUUUCAUUAGGUAGCACUAAAAGCGAUGAUCAAGGAUGGCCAUUUGAAUAAUUCAAAACAAGUGGUUUUGCAUAUUUUCUGAUGAUAUUUUUAUUUGUUGGAUUUUUUUGGAUAUUCAUUUUUAUUCUCCAAUUCUGUGAAUAUCUUGUAUACUAUUUAUCUAUUUCGGAAAUGAAUAUUAGAAAUGAAAGAAAUCACGAAGGAUUUGAUCAAGAUCGUAUUAGAGGUUUAAAGGAAAUAUUUAGCACUGAAGUUACAAAAAUGUACUAAUUUAGGAUUGGCACAAUAGCAAAAUGCUCAAUUUUAUAUUUUCUAUUGUAUAUUCCAAGAUCAAUAUUAGAAUCAAUUGACACAUCUUAUUAGCGUAAAUUAGAUAAAUUUAGACAAGACAUACUAUUAAAUUAAAGUAGAAUACCUAGAGAUGAAGAAAUUCCUCAUACUUCCUUCAUGAAAAUUCAAAGAAGUCUUUGUUAGUGGUAUGAAGGAAAUGAAUUAUUGAAAGGUCUGUAGCCUUAUGGAUUCUUUUAUAGUAUAUCUAAUCAAAUUGGAUUUUCCGAAGCUGGUAUAAAGAUGUAAAAACUAAUAGACUAAACAGCCUUUUGGUUUGAAGAUAUGCUUGAUGAAGGAGAAACCUUUGAAAAUCAAAUAAAAUACUCAAUUUGCUUUAUUGUAGGAUUAAGUUUUACACUAGCAAUUUUUUCCAGUAGUUCUCUUUAGGUAUCAACUAUAAUGGUGCCGAUUGCUUUUAUGUUUAUAAUCAGCUAUGUGAUUUCUUUGCUUUAUGUAAAUAUGUACGGCUCAAUUUACAGUACAUUUAUAGUUUAUUACCUAGUCUUCUAAUAUCCUAACGACCAUGAUCAUAGAUAGUUUAUUAGUAAUGAAUUAUAAUUAAACAAAUUUGAGGAUUUUAUUAAUAAAAUUACUGCUGAUCCACCUGUAAUAGUAUUUGCUUUAUAAUUAUGA